GUUGCGCUUUAUAGGUAGAGAAAAUAUACUAUAUCAAUCUACAUUGAACUUUUUUAGCAGACAGGAAGCAUGGCAUUUGAUUUAGGAGGUUUGAAUGCAAAUCAGCUUCAGUCAGCAUCAAGUGUUUUAUCUUCAGAUGCCUCUAAAUAUGAGAACAGGGAAGAACUUGAAUUUGAAUGGGCUAAAAAAGCUUAUCACCAUGCAGAAACUUAUUUUAAUUUGAUUAGCUCUGUGAAUCCAGCAAUACUGAAACUAACAAAGAUAGACACAGACAUUUACUCACAUUUCCGUGAUGAGUUCCCAGAUUUUAAAAUAGAUGUUAUUGAUGUUGAGCAAAUGAAAUCAGCAGAAGGAAAAGAGAAAUGGCGCUCAUUCUGUGAGUUUUACAAAGAGAAGGUUGAAGAUUAUAACAUGGGAUCAUUACUAAGAACUGAUUGUACACAAGAUUAUUCAGAAGAAAAUUCAUUUUUAGUUGUGAGGAUACAGUUUUUAGCAGUUGAAAUAGCCAGAAAUCGUGAAGGACUUAACUCCAAUUUAAGAUUUAAGAAAGACACUUCAUGACACAGCUUAUCAUUGUGAGGACUAUGUGUAACAAGGACAGAUUCUUUGAUCGACCUAAAACUUCUGUCAGUUGAAGCUACUUGUGUUUCAGAACUGAUCAAAUACUAUAAAAUAGUUGUCUGUAUAAAUCAUACAAAUUACUUUUAUUUUAUAAAAUUAGAAAAACAUUCAAACUACUUGAUUGAAACUUUAUAAAAGUGUACAGUCAUGA